AUGCCGCCCCCAUCAGGCGUGGGCGCGACCUUUGUCCCAGGCGGCUGGGACGAUUACUACAUGCCUGAGGUUGUCGCGCCCUCUCCACAAAGAGUGACGCCGCAGGUUCCUCAGAACAUGCAAGAAGAUCUUCAGCGCAUGGAGCUUGAAGCACGAGACGUCAACCGACCCGACGACGAGACCACCCCAGCCGCGAGGCACACACGAGAGCCGUCGCUCUCUACGUGGGUGCAACCCAGCAGCGACACGACCCCUCAGCCACAACAGCAGCAACAACAACAACAGCGAUACGCGCCCUCGUCGACCACCCGGUCCGCGGACACCGAUUUUGAGAGCUACCACAAGUCCGACCCAGUGGCCAUGCCGGACGGCGCCGGACCCUCGUUCUCACCCUUUCCCAAGGUGAAAGGCGACAAUGUGCCUCCGUCUGACGAAGACAAGGAGGAUAUUCUCUGGAAUGCGCGCCAGCAUGUCUUAGGCUCCCAGAAUGUGUCGAUGCAGAUCACAUGGGCCCGAGACGUGCUAAACUGGGCCGAGAUCUGCAUGGAAGCCGCUGCUCGCGAAAACCCCGACAAGCCUAGGCCAUCGACCCCGCGGAAAGAGCAUGAGCUCCGAGUCGAUGCUCUCAAUAUCAUCACGUACCUAGCCGGCCAGGAGCACCCGGCAGCCCUGUACAUCCGAGCAAAAUGGCUCGAGUUUGGCAAGUUUGGGAACCGCGUCGACAAGCGGGAGGCCUACAGUGGCUACAAGCGAGCAGCCGAGCUAGGCAACCCCCGUUCCGAAUAUCGCAUGGGCAUGCUGUUCGAGCAGUCCAACGACACGUCCAAAGCCAAGGAGCACUACUACAAGGGUCUCGGGUUGUCAGACUCGGCAUCACUGUAUCGUCUGGGUAUGAUGAGUCUUCUCGGCCAGCUUGGCGAGGUGAAGGAUUAUAACACUGGGCUCGAGAGGAUCAAGGCAGCUGCUGACAGCGCUGACGAGGACUCACCGCAGGGUGCCUUCGUCUACGGCAUGCUUGUUGGCAGAGAGCUUCCCGACAUCUAUGUCCCGGAUUCCAUGUUGCCACCCGAUCCCAAGACGGCGUUUGUCUACAUUGAGAAGUCAGCGUAUCUCGGCUUCGCCAAGGCGCAGCAUAAAAUGGGCCAGGCUUACGAACUUUGCCAGUUUGGCUGUGACUUUAAGCCUUCCUACUCGCUACACUACUAUGGCUUGGCCGCCAACCAGGGCAAUGCCGAAGCCGCCCUGGGCGUGAGCCGAUGGUUUCUCUUUGGCUAUGAAGGCCUUUUCAAGAAGAAUGAGGAGCUCGCAUACAAGUAUGCCCAGCGUGCGGCUGCACAAAAGCUGCCGACGGCCGAGUUUGCCAUGGGCUACUACAGCGAGAUUGGAAUCCAUAUCGACAAGAGUGUUUCGGAAGCGCAAAGAUGGUACCAGCUCGCUGCGGAGCAUGGCAACACCGACGCACUUGGUCGACUGGAAUCGCUAGAACAAGAUCAAACCCUGUCAAAGCAGGACCAUGAAACGACAACUCUAACAAGAAUCAAGUCACAACACGGCUCACAAAGGGGGAAGCGACCCGACCGGUUCAAACAAGCGCAGCAAAUGCCGACACUAAGUGAGGACUCGCGUGGACAUCCCAAGCCACUCAAGCUCGACGGCCACGGUCCCUCCCCAGGCGUCUCGCCGCAGCCAUCUCCCGGCCUACGCCCGACUGUUGUCAACGAUCCGGCGGCGUUCCCCGACCCGUCCAGAGCCUCGGUCGUCGUCCCAGUUGCCGGCGACCGACCACCUGCUUUCAACGUGCGCCUUGACGGCCAGCAGCCACAACAUCAGUUGCCGCUGAGACCGCAUUCGGCAGCUCCCUACCCAGAAGAUGAUAGAGGCUACCCGCAGGGAGGCUCACGUCCAAAGUCCGCGGCGCCGUACCCAGAGGACGACAUGCGCGGGCAGGGGCCGCCUGGAGGUCGCCCCGCCUACGGUCCAGGCCCUUCCGCGGACCGAACAAGCAGCGCAUUUGGUAUCAAUACGCAAGAAUCGUGUCGGCGAGCCAAGGUCCUGCGGGCUACCGACAGCCAAGUCCUGGUCCAGCGAGCCCGACGGGUGGCCACCAUCCGAGGGACAACUAUGGCCGCCCGCCCUCCGCGGCACCCUACCCCCAGCAACAGCCUGGAGGGAGACCAACUCCCGGAUCCAUUCCGCCUGCCGGAGCAACCCCUGGCCGUGGUAGUGGCCCUGACCCUCGAUAUUCCCAACCACCACCUCAGCAGGGCUACGGCCGCCCUGACCCACGGAUUCAACAUCCGCCGCAGCAGAGGAUAUCCCGUCCACCAACAGAAACAGGCCGUCCCCCGACAGGGCACUCGGGGCCUGGCGCCAUCCCUCCUCACAUGGCUGGUGCAGGCGGCCCUGGAAGGGCGGGAAGCGCUCCUCCUGGGCAACACAUGUCUCGACCCGAGCCGAAGACCAGUCCGGUCCCAAGCCCUUCACCGUCAGCACCGUCCGUAG